GCGACCCGGAUGCAGUUAUGCAGAGUGGAUUGAGGCCCAGCGCUCGAGCUGCUACGAGAUCGAGCGAUUUACAAGCAGGGCGAGUACGGGAACAAACUGGCGUGGUUUAGUUUAGCCUACUGUUUACAAACAUUUAGGCUGAUUUUGUCUUCUACUACACCGACUAUGCGGUACAAAGGAUAUUCCGGGAGCGACUACAAGUUUUGAAUUUGUUUCUGGAGAGUAAAAUUAGUCUUUUUUGGAAAGUUUUUUGGCGCUCUGAAAGGGGUCUGGAGAGGGAGAGAAGAGGCACAGUUUGGUCCGCACUCUUUUUCCGAGUUGCAGGGAUUUAGUUCACGGAAAGUGUUUAGAACAAGGGGUCCUGGCCACCCUGUUUCCACUGGAAUUCCACUCUUCCAAUUCUGCAAAAACUCCCCUACAGUGUCAUGGUGUUGUGAAGCAUGGCUGUGGUAAAAGCACUCGGGAGGGAAGCAGGAAUAUUGAUGGCUGGAUCCAGAGAUCUAAUGGUUCUCUAAAGAAGUCAUGGGUAGCUGCUGUAGCUGUCCAGACAAAGAGUCGAUCCCAGAUAACCAUCAGAGCAAAUUUAAGGUGAUUAAUGUGGAUGAUGAUGGGAAUGAGCUGGGCUCAGGAGUGAUGGAGCUGACGGAGGAGGAGCUGAUUCUGCACACGCGCAAGCGCCACGCCGUCAGGUGGCCUUACCUGUGCCUGCGUCGCUAUGGCUACGACUCCAACCUCUUCUCCUUCGAGAGCGGCCGGCGGUGCCAGACUGGGCAGGGAAUCUUUGCCUUUAAGUGUGCGCGUGCUGAGGAGCUCUUCAACAUGCUGCAGGACAUCAUGCACAGCAACAGCAUCAGCGUGGUGGAGGAGCCUGUGCUGGAGUCUCCACAGGGGGCGCCAGAGAGCCACAUACCCCACACCCCGCGCACACCUACCACGCCCGGCUACGCUGCCCCCUCCUUGCCCAAUGGCAUCCCGCGGUACCCAUCGUUUGGCGACGCCUCCUCCCGCCCCUCCAGCCGACACCCCUCUGCAGGGAGCACCCGGCUCCCCUCUGUGGGGGAGGAGUCGACGCACCCCCUCCUGGUCACGGACGAGCUGGUGCACACCUACGUGAACACGACAGGGAUGCAGGACGAGAGGCGGAGCCGGACCAGCGUCCCGCCCCCCCUGGAGCUGCGUGGGGUGGAGCCUGAGAGCAUGGGGGCGGAGCCUACGGAGGCAGAGCCUCAGGUGCUGCUGGACCCUGCGGGGGUGAAGUUUGUCCUGGGCCCCACCCCCGUGCAGCGGCAGCUGAUGGCCAAGGAGGCGGGGCCUGCAGAGCAGGGGGGCGGAGCCGGAGAGCCACCCGCCAUCUCGCCGGGUGGUGGGAGGAGCCUGAACGGCGCCGCCGGCGACAGGGACACGGGCUACGACAGCGACGAGCGCAAGGAGGCAGGGCCCGGACCCGGGGCCAAGCCGGCCUACCAGCACCUGAACGGCUCCGGCCCCGCCCCCUCCCGCCGCGCCCGGCCGCCGGCCCCGCCCCCUCCCGCCGACGCCCAGAACGCUAACAACUCGGCCCAGCGGCGGACCGCCCUGCUGAACUACGAGAACCUGCCGGCCCUGACGCCCGUCUGGGAGGCGCGCAAGCCCAGCUCCCACCAGCAGGAGGAGGAGGAGGAGCGGGAGGAAGCCUUCGCACCAAAGACGCCGUCUCUCAACGGCCACCCCCACCCGCACCACCUGCACCUCCUCCAGCAGGCGCUGGACCCCGCCCACAACUACGUGAACACGGAGAACGUGGCGGUGCCGCUGAGCGCCCAUCGGCCCGAGCCAGCCCGCCGGCGGGACUCGGCCACGCCCGCCGUCUUCACCUUUGACCUCCGGCGGCCGGGCCCGCCCGAGCCCGCGCGGCAGCUCAACUACAUCGAGGUGGAGAUGGAGACGGAGAAGGGCUCGGACUCCAGCGGGCCCCACACCCCCAAAACCCCCACCACGCCCCUCCCCCACACGCCCACCCGCCGGACAGAACUGUACGCCAUCAUCGACAUCCAGCGCACCGCCGCCAUGUCCAGCCUGCAGAGGGCGCUGCCGCGGGACGACGGCACCGCCAGGAAAACCCGCCACAACAGCACCGACCUGCCCAUGUGACCUCACGCCCGCGCCCGGCCACGCCUUUCUGUUACACUCACCCAGCGGGACGGAGCCCCUCUGAACCACAGAACGGUUCCUUUCCCAAACGCAAAGUAAUAAUAAUAAUAAUAAUAAUAAUAAUAAUAAAGGAAACACAACGACGUCAUUUAAAACUAAGGAAAACACUUUUCCCAGGCUUGAACCCGUUUCUGAGGAGCUACACUGUGUUCUUUGUGCCUUCAUGACAGGGAGGGGGGCAGUGGAGCUGGUUCUUGCCGUAUGGCACUGUUUUAUUGCCAUGGUAAUCUGCUGCCCCGUCUUAAACUCCCUUCUCCUGGUGCCUGUGGUAUUAUGGUAUGCCGGUUAUAAAGUGUGAAUGCAUUGUGUGUGCAUUCUGCAUGGUACGAACCCACAGCUGCUGCUCGUCUCUCUCUAAACGUACUCUGAAUAGUGCACUGCUCUACUGGACCUGUUCCCCUUCCCGUGUAAGCACCUGCACAGGACGGGCCCGGUUACUGUCGCCAAAGGCCACCGUGUUACCCUGUUUUUGGGUGAGAAUGCUCUGUUUGUGUUUCUGAGUUUUGUCCUGGUGACACUCCAGGGACCAUCUAAUGGCGUAAAGUCUUUGGGUAACACUUUAAGACGCCGCGCCUGUGCAGUUCAAUCCUGACUCAUUUGGGGACAAGAAGGUAUUACUGAGUAACUCCAGUGUAGGUACCGUGGACGAGCGGUUUGAGGUAUCUUUAUUACACUUGAAACAAGGCCAGCCCUGUUUCAUCUCUCCUGCUCAUAUGAAAUCAUUCUGUAUCAUGAAGGGACAUUGUGAAAUUAAGGGGCAAGCUUUAUUGUAUGUGGAUCAUGAAGAUACGGCCUGUCAGUGUAAAUUCAGUAUUUAAAAAUCUUAAUUUGUCAUUAAGAAUACUGCUAGCUGCUGUUCCAUGUUACCUACGUUGGAGUUUCUCUGUUGUAACACUACACUGGUAUCGCUGCAGUUUAAUGUACCAGUUCUUUUAUGUUGGUCAAAUACAAACACUCAUGUCUCCUCUCCAACCAGAAAGUGAUUUUCUGUUUUUUUUUCUUUUAUUUGGGGGGGGGGGGGGUCUCACUAGGCAAUGGCAGUUUGUUGUAAGGCCAAGUCUCCUUACGGCAGCAAUGAUAAAUUUUGAAGAUGUAUAUUUAAACAAAGCUGUUUACUAUGUGCAAAACACUUUAAUAGGUUCAAAACAUGCAAAACACGUUUAAUAGGUUCAGUCUCAAGGCCAACUUUUCAUUGGCUACAUUGACAGUGUAUUAUAUUGUAAAAUGUAUUAUAUAUUCUAACUCGCGUAAAAAAGGACAGAUUUUUUUUACGUACAUUGAAGAUUCUUAAAUAUAGGAAUUGUAUAAAAGUAGUUUUAAUAGAUGUUUAUCAAACCAAUAAAACUGUAGUAAAUGCCCCCAGCCGGACUCUUUUUCCCACAAUCCCCUUGAACUUAAGGGCAUUGCAGCCUGUAGGUUUGCCACUGAAGUGAAGAUACAGUGCCUUGGCCUUUGCCAUGGUAACGACUCCUAGUCUGUGUAAUCAUGAUGUUCUAUGCAGAAAAUAAAAUCUAUAACUGCCCUGCCACAGGCCACA